AUGACUAUUUCUGUCCAGAAGAUGGCUAUUAGGGUUGGCCGGCGAUCAACAUCGCCGUCUACUGGAGGAUUUGAAGCCGACAUGUUUUCGCUACCGAUAGAUAAUCAACAACGCGCAAACGAAAUCUCGCAAGAGGGCUGUCCGCAAGACAUCCCUCAAGCAAAGAAGCUAAAGACGAGAAGCGAAAUCGAACUUGACGCUUGGGCAUCUUGGAAAUACCCCUCGGAAUUUUGGGACAGACUGUCCAAGGUCGAGCUAACCCGCAGGGCACUAGAAGAACUGGACCGACGGACAAAGACUCGGCGCCCUCCGCCAACACAUACCGCUACCACUCCCGGAGACCUUGCCCGGUUCGCGAGAUACGGCGACCCAAACCUGUGUGAUCUUCGAGGUUAUCCAGAGCCAAGACGGGAUCGUCCCACUUCUCCUACUCUUCCCACUUCAGCAACGAACAAAAGCAGCAAGUCAACAACACCCUACAACCGUAAUUUCGAUCAGCAUUUGACAGACUAUCAAAUAUACCCUUCUUAUUCGUCGCAAAAGCCAGAUUUGACCCAUAUUAGAAUAGCGUUAGCGGCACCUAGGCCAUCGCUAUCGCCCUCCCAAUUUUCUGAUAGCACAUUCGAGGCGUUUGAGGAGGAUAAUGCUCGUGCAAAAGAUGAAGCUGACAUAUUAGCAAAUGUGAUUCUAACCAUUCUUGGUACGAGGAAUCAUAGCCACCUAUCUGCUAGGAACACAGCGUUUGGAAAUCUCGAGCACCUCACAGACGGAACCAUAACCUUGGCCAAGCCAGACAUUUAUUAUGGAGCAUACCCUGCACAGUUAACUCAGUCCUCUCGCGAAAAGCUUAGUCGUCAUAUCGUACCGUCGACCACGCAAGACAAGCCGAUAACGCCGAACUUCUUCGUGGAAGUAAAAGGCCCGGAUGGCAGUGCAGCGGCGGCAGCACGGCAAGCUCGUUACGAUGGAGCGAUAGGAUCUCGCGCCAUGCACAGCCUGCAAAACUACAGCAAGGACGAACCGGUCUAUGACAACAAUGCUUACACGUUCAGCUCGACCUACCAUGACGGUACACUCAAGUUGUACGCCCACCAUCUCACCGAACCGACUACCGAAGGGGGGCGGCCCGAGUACCACGUAACCCAAACUGAUACAUGGGGGCUGACUGGUAAUAUUGAUAUCUUUCGACAUGGGACUACGGCCUUUCGGAAUGCGAGAGACCUAGCAAAACGGCACCGAUAUCGUUUUAUUGAGGACGCCAACAAUAAAACACGACCUGACAAUGACGCAAGCUUUAACGCAGUCGCGGACCAUGCAGAUGCAAGCCAACGAUCCGCAGGGCCAGGUUUUGAGGAUCCGCCCGCGAGCUCUACGUUGAGCUUUAGUGCUAUCCAAACUAGAGCUGAACGCCUUAUUAAACAAUCGAACAGCCUAUUAUCUAGUUUGGCCAAUAAUCAUCGGGGCAAAAAUCGAUCACGUUUUAGCAUACUAAAGCAGUUGAAUGCAGCUAAAGAUGGCCCCAGAGCCGAAUCUUUGGGGUGA